AUCUCGCAACUCUCUCCAUCUGAGAGGCUGAAAUUCCACGCUUAUUCGCGGAAUUCCUGUUCAUAAUGGUACACUAAGCAGCUACUGAUCUGCAAACAGGAACUAGAAACUACUUUCUCUAGUUUUUAUUUACAUAAUGGAUGAAUGAGAGUUUUUGAAAUUAUGAAAAAAUAAACUAUUAAAUUUUAAAAGGACUGAAAGCAUGGUAAAUCAGAUCACACCUGAUCUUCAGGUUCGAAGCCUACCAUACAGUGCGCUACGUCAGUUGGCAGAACUGCUUGAUAUACCUGGUCCACAUGACUGGAAAAGCCUAAUCAGUGAACUUCCAAGUGGUGCCUACACACGUGGCCAGAUUGCGCAAUUUGAAAAAGAAAAUUACAGACCAGGGGGCAGUGCAGCAAUGGCAUUAUUAACAGAUUUUGGUCAUCAGUUAAUGACAGUUGGAGAACUGGCAGCGUACCUUGAAUUAAUAGAUCACCAAGAAGCGUUGUUGAUUGUGAAGCCUCAUGAACCAGUGACAAUUACCAAACAGCCAUCUCCGGUUAUCGUUCAAGAAUCACAAGAUGCUUGUAUUUCCUGUGAGGCAACAGGCUUUCCUCGCCCACGUUAUCAAUGGUAUAAAUAUCAAAACCCACUUACUGGAAAAUGUACACCGGUACUAAAAUUUAAAGAUGUCACUAUAGACGCCAGUGGUGACUACUAUUGUAAAAUCACAAAUCCUAUUGGCUCCGAAUAUACUGAGGUUGUAAACGUACAAGUUACGCCUUUGAUUGCACCAAUUAUUAAUGGGACUACUGGCCCUGAAGAUGUAUAUUCAAGAACCUUUUCUGGUAUGAAAAUUCAGGACCCCAAUGGGUUUCCAGAGGAGACAGUGAUAAUGUACGUUGGACAAUACUUUGUCCUGUCAUGCGACACAGAUGCACAAAGCUAUCAGUGGUAUAAAAAUAGCUACCCUAUUGCAAAUGCGACUAAUCGUAAUCUACUCUUUAACGAGUUUCAACUUGCUGAUGAAGGACAUUAUUCAUGUAAGGUGAAUGUGAACGGAAAAGAAAUUGUCACUCGUCUUGCACAUUUGAAAAUUGGCAACCCACCUCUACCUAUGCCUCAACCAGUCAACAAACUUGUAAAUCAAGAAUUUGCUACUGCUAAAUUAGCUUUAGUUAUUGCAAAUCAAAAGUAUCAAUUUCCACGAAAUGAAUCCGAAAUAUUAGUUCAUCCCAUCGACGAUGCAAAACUUUUGUCUGCUACGCUAGAAAAAAUUGGAUUCAAAGUCACCUGUUUGGUAAAUUUAACGAAAAAAGAAAUGGAAGCCGCAAUACAGGGUUUCUGUAAGUUACUGGAAUGUGCGAAAGGCGUAUACUCGUUGUUCUAUUUUUGUGGUCAUGGUUUUGAGGAUCAUGGAAAGACGUUCCUAGUUCCCAUUGAUGCAACAAACAAAUGGACUUCAGAUGUUGCUUUGUCAGCGGAAUAUGUUUUAUCAGAAAUCCAGCAUUGUAGAGCCACAAAACUUGAUGUUGUUCUACUGGAUGUGUGUCGAAUCAAAUCUGGCGGCGACCAAAUGUCAAAUGGGUUGAGAGCAUUUGAUCCCCCUUUUUUGGCUGGAGCCCAAUGUGUGUUUGGAUAUGCAACGUGUCCACAAUCACAAGCUUUCGAGAAACGUCGUGAUACAAAUGGUAUAUAUAUGAAACAUUUGGCGCGUCAUUUGACUGAGAAUAUUGAAAUAGAAAAAUUGCUACAUAAAGUUGGUAUCGCUGUUCGCGAAGAAGCUGAACGACAUCGGAUCACAAACACAAUGUCACCUACCUACAAAUCAACGACAACUAAGGUGUUUAGCUUGUGUGAUAACAUUCUUCCUCCAGCUGGCUUUCUGGAUGAACGUGAUCCUACUAUUGAAUGGUUUGACUACCACAGGUUACCGUCCAGCCAAUCAAUUUCAUUCGAACAUGGCGUUGAAAUUGAGAUGAGAUUUCUACCAGUGUGUUCGAAUAUAUGUAAUGUUGUUAUCCACGUAGCUAGCAUGGGCGAAACCACGUGUUGUGAUGCCAAAAUCCUUGAAGUGUGCGAGGACUUAGAAGCACCAGUUGAUUCAAUGAACAGGGAAAUCUCUGUGUUACCAGAAUAUUUUUCAAAGAGUCUACCCUUUGACAGUAAGGAAACAUCUAUGGAAUCUGAAAGACCAUCAGGAAUUGAAAGAUGGACGCAAGUAUCUGGUUUACAAAAGCUUACUGGACCAUUCGCCGUUACUAUGAAAAUUGAAUACAUAUAUGGCGACCCGCAUGAAAUCAAACACAGUUUCAAGAAACAAAUCUUUAGAAACGAUGAGUUUGGUAUCGUUUCAUUCUUCAACACUUUUUGAUUUGGUAUGAUUUUUUGUAGAGGUAAAUGGUUUUAUCCAUUGAACGAAAGAUGCUUCUCAGUCGAAAGAAUUUUCGCGUCGAAUCCAUCGAGAUGACUAAGAGUAAAGCCAUGCAUACAUAAACAUUUAUAUUUAAUAAAAAACAGUACUACCUACUAAGCACAUCAAUUGUUGUGAACAUAAAUUAUUGUUGCAUAAAUUAUUGCGAACAUAAAUUAUUGUCGCAUAAAUUAUCGCGAAUGUAAAUUAAUGCGGUUUUUGUUCAAAUAAUACACCUUUCCCGAAUUUUAUAAAUUAUAAUAAUUAUGACAAAUUUUUGUAAUGAUUCUGUGCUCUCCAAAUAAGGAUAUUCAGAUAGAAUAUUAAAUUAUCAUGGAAAAAUGUAGUUUUUAGAGCAAUAUAAUAUUCUGAUUGGAUUUUAUUUAGAUUUAAAGAAAAAAUUAUUUUGAAAACGAAGCUAUUCUUGAAAAGCUCGGCUAUAUAAAGGGUUUGACCUUAACUUUCAGCUCGGAAUUGAGGCACUUAGCGAACACAAAUAUUUACGAAAUUAGGUAAUUUGUUCUACUUUAUGCUAAGGAACUUAGGGAUAAAAAUCAUUUUUAGUAUCGACCUCUUUAAAUGACUUUGGCAUAAUUAGGAAAUUCUGGAAAGGUCUAUCGCAAAAUUUAAAAAAAUAGUAAUCCAUACGAACAAUUUGAAUGUUAAUUGUAGAUUAUUUAAGUUUAAUGGGAAUAAAAAAACUCGUAUCUAUCGAAACGGUAAAGAUUCUUUACAUGAAAUGCAGGUUACUCAUAAAAAUAUUUUUAUUGAGAAGAAAACGUCUGUAAAUGUUGAUAAAAAUUAAUAAAAUAACACAAAUUUAUGCAACAAAAUCAUAAAAUUAUUGUCAAAUCGCAAUAACUUAUGUUGCCAAAUCAUAAAGUUAUUGUCAAAUAGCAAUAAUUUAUGCCACAAAAUCAUAAAAUUGUUGUCAAAUCGCAAUAAUUUAUGUCACAAAAUCAUAAAAUUAUUGUCAGAUCGCAAUAAAUUAUGUCGCAAAAUCAUAAAAUUAUUGUCAAAUAGCAAUAAUUUAUGCCACAAAAUCAUAAAAUUAUUGUCAAAUCGCAAUCAAUUUAUUUUGCUCCUUUAAAUCGCAUUACUUUAUGUGGCAAUAAUUUUGUCUGCAACAGUUUUGUCCUUAAGGUAUCAAUCUUCCAUUAUUAAGAAAAUGCAUUCUAGGAUACUUACUUGUUAUUAUUUAAAUGUGUUUUUUGUCCGUGAUUCAUGAUGUUUUAAUUAGGACUCUCCGAUAACAAUUAAUUGGUCAAUCAGCUCUCUUAUUGUUCUGAAAUGAAUUUUGGAAUUUGUGUGAGUUUCAUACCUAAAAGAAAAAUGAGUAAUUAAUAUAUGUUACUUGUUGUUUUUGUUAACCUAAGUCCUUCUGUAAUGUGUAGUUUCAACUGCUUCACACAAUAUUGUGCAAUCACUUGUAGGAACUUUUGUACAAUUCUGUACGAUUACAAGAAAAAGGAUAUAAGUAGUUCACAUGUUUGUUUAAAGCUUACCUCCCGAAAAACAAUCAGUUGAUCGGUUGGCAAGAUUUUUAAACUUUUUAUGACGAUGCUAAUUAAUGGCAUGAUAUAGUGUAUUAGAAAAACUGAGGUGCUGUUUUAAGGAGUUACCAAGGUAUGUGGUGAUGUAAACAUGUUUCACAUGUCAGGUUUGGUACUUUGAACUACAUAAUUUAUUAAUAAUUAGUUACCCUGAUUAUCCUUUUUACCAGCAACUGUUUCUUACUUUGCCAUUAUUCCGCAUAGCUAGCUCAUCUUUCUAGACUUACAUCUCGGAAACCAAUAGAUUUUUCAAAAAAAAAUAAAAAUUCAUAGACAACUUUUCAAGUUCUUUUAUAUGAAAUCGACUUUCUUUUUACGCAGGAGGUGAGCUUUGAAUGCACAAAGAACAAAAGUAGGUGCGAAAAAAUACAUUUUAUAUCGUUGUUACAUCUCUACAAUAUCUUGUACAAAAAAUAUAUACAACUUGUCGGUGGCCCGUGAAAGAGUCACGAGUUCUCCUGUUCUUUUUAUACCACAUUGCGUGCGUCUCGCUGCUUGCGGUACCAUUUUGCGUGAGAGACAUACAGACGUAUACGGGUAAUUUAAUAUACAAUUGUUCACAAUUAAGUGUGUAUAAUGUUGUGUAGCAGUAGGAACUACCCUUAAGUAUUUUGUCAUAUAUUGUCAGUGUUUUAUGUACAUCAUAUAUUUUGUAAAUAAUAAUAUUAUACGCACCGGAGUUACUCUGGCAACACGCCUUUAUAAGCAACUCUAUUUUUUAUAUUAACCUCAGUUGCCAAGAGUAAAAUUUUGAUCUUAGCAGCCGCAGUUGGCUGGGCGUACCAUUUUUGUUUUCGGCUUAAAAGGUACUAAAUCUAAUAUUCAUAUUUCACAAGAUUAUGCUUUAAUGUUAUUAUUUCUUACAAAAACAAAAUACUUUUCAUUCUACUAAA